AUGCUCAGCGAUGUUCAUGCCAUCUUUGGCUACUUAAUUUCUCGAUACAUGUAUCAUCGAAACUUUGUAUCGGAUCAUGGCAAGAGAAAUUUAAUGAUUCCAGAGAGUGAUCUGGUCAAACAUAGUGAACAUUUUAAACACAUCUCGGAACAGUAUUUUAUGAUCGGAAAGACACUACUCGAUGGAUCAUCAUCAUACAUGUCUGGAGCAUCAAAAUUACUCGGAAAGGAUAAAAUUCAUCUACUUCGGAAAACAUCAUUCCGACAAUUCUUUAAAAUUCUGAGUACCAACAUGUUUAAAUUCAUACGAAGAAUUCGAAGAUUCUUUUCUAAUCUAACAUUUGAGCAGAAAUAUUAUGUCAUUGGAAUGAUCUUGGCAAAUUUACCCGAUAUAGAUAUCAUUACGUUCAUCAUUUCAUUUGGAUUUUCGUUUUUUAAAGGAUUUUCAAAAAUGAUUGAUCGAUUUCACCGAUUAUGGGAGCUCUUUAUUUCUCUAACAAAUAAGAAGCAAGACAAUGAGACAGUGCCUUCCUCCUCUGGCUCUACAUCAGGACUAAGUUCUUCAUUAAGUAGCUCCUCUUUGGCAGCUGCCAAUAGUGGAGGAAAUUUAUCUCAAUACGACUCUGAUUCUGAAGAUAUUACAAUGGGAUCAUCCGUUCGAAGUGCCAGAAAUUUGAAAUUAUUAGAACGAAGAAAUAAGAAUAGUCUCACAUGGAGACGAUUAACUUCUCAUUCCAUUAUUGUAAAUUUAGUCAUGUCACCCUUUAUUGGAUAUGCCACUCAAAAGGUGUUGGGUCUUCAUGGAUUCAAUAGUUUCACUCAUUGUACAAGUCUUGCAAUUAUGUGUUUGUCUUCUCAUUUACUGUUAGAUUUUUUAACAAACUUUGGAACAGCCUUAUUCUAUCCACUCUCCAAUGAGCUUUAUUCAUUUGGAAUUGUCACAAGUUGGGAUUUCACACUAAUUGUAUUUUUCUAUUCAUGGCUCACUGUAAGUCGAUGGAACAAGUGGAAACCAGCAAGAGUCUUUUGGAUUGGUUUAAUUUGUUUAUUUUGCAUUGCCAUUUGGAAGAGAGCCAUGAUGUGUGAGGUAUAUUCUCGAUACUUCUUUUUCAUGGAAUCACAAAAGAGGAAGAGCUCUAAAAGUAUUCAAAAUGCUCCAGCCAUUUGGUUACAACCAAGUAAUUUUUUCAGUGGACAGUUUUCAGUCAUGAAAUAUGAACCUAAACAAGGAGAUUUAGUGACCGAACUAAAAACUGUUCAGGCAACCAAGUAUAUCUCGCUCAUUAAUUGGAUCUUGACAGCAUUUGGAUUUCGAGUGAGUGAUGUUCGACAAAUUCAAAUUUCACAUCAGUUGGGUGUGUUCAGAGGUCAGGUGGCUCCUCGAGAAUUUCUCAUGGUUCUUUAUUCGAAUUUGAAAAAUAGAAAAGUCUUGUAUGAAAUGAUUAAGAGUAGUUUACCCUCUGCGUUGUUCAUGUUCAUGUAUAUGGUGUAUUUGGUACGAUCGGAUGAGUAA